AUGCUCUCACGUGUUGCUGCUGUCAAGGUACCCCGCACACACAACCGUCGCCGCGUGACCGGAUCCAGCGGAAGGAGGAGGGAAGGAAGUGAGAGUGAACCGCAGAGGCCUAACAUGUCCCGGCGUGUGUUUACUUCCGCGGUGCUGCUCCUACUUGUUUUGUUGAUGUGCUGCGGCAGUGGAGCUGCGGCCGCUGAUGGAAGUAAAACAAGGAAUACCAUUGAUCCGUUCACAGGGACGACGUCGAUAUCAUUUGCUAAUUGGAAGGAGUUUGAGGACGGCGGCAAAAUCACCUCGCUCCGCGUUCCUGGCCUCGUUAAAGUGGGUGAUGAUGUAUUUGCUAUUGCUGAAGCCCGUUGCAAGGAUGAAGACAAGUGCAGCGAAGUCGGCUUUACUGGGAUAGCGUCAAAGUACCUUGGUUUAAAUGUUGAUUCUGGUCCAACGGAGUUCUCGACGGCAGAUGCAAGUGUCUUUGGCGCAGAUCUUCUAAAGGAAGGUUCUGAGGGUAUCAAUACCGCAAACGGCAUAACGCGACCAACGACACUUGUACUUGGGGACAGUGUUUACGUGCUCCUGGGAAACUACAGCCGUACAAAGCAGCAGGUUCAAGGUAAGAAUGAGCGGGGUCUUUUACUCGUGAAGGGAACUGUCGCUGAUGAGGGUGGGACGAAGAAAAUCAGAUGGAAUGAGACCCAUUUGGUGGAGCCUCAACGAAAAGGAGCAUCUGGUUUCUUGACCGAGCUAAUUGGUGGCGGAGGAUCGGGUGCUGUGUUGCGUGACGGCUCGCUUGUGUUUCCCAUGCAGGCCAAAGGCAACGAUGGAAGGAGCGUUUUGCUGUCUAUGCGUCUCUCCAAGUCGGAGGACAAAUGGUGGCUUUCGCAAAAAAAGCCUGGUAACGGCUGCAGGGAUCCAACCCUGGUGAAGUGGAAAGAAGACCAAGACGACGAAAGACUCUUCAUGAUGGCUCAUUGUGCUGGAGGCUACUAUGACGUUUACAUGUCCACUCCGCAUGGAGUCAAUUGGAUUGAUCACUUAAAACCAAUUACCCGCGUGUGGGGCAACUCACACAAUCGAAAGGGGUACGGCGUCCAGAGUGGAUCCACCACCGCAACCAUUGAGGGAAAGGAGGUGAUGCUCAUCACCGCGCCGGUGUAUGCGAAGGAGGAAAAUAAAGGUGGAAAAGGUCGGCUUCAUCUUUGGGUGACGGACAAGGCACGUGUGUAUGAUGUUGGGCCGAUAUCCCGUGAGGCUGAUGACGCCGCCGCCAGCUCGCUGUUGAUGAAGAGUGGGAGGGACAAUAAGGAGGAGUUGAUUUCACUGUACGAGAACAAGAAGAGCGACGGAGCAUACAGUCUUGUUGCUGUGCGCCUGACCGAGAAACUGGAGCGGAUAAAGGAGGUUGUGAAGACAUGGAAGGAUUUGGACGGCGCCUUGCAAUCCUGCAGUUCCGGUUCCAGCGCCACUGUCGACUUGCCAACGAAGGGUAUGUGCAAUGGUCCUGUUCCCACUGACGGGCUUGUUGGCUUCUUGUCUGGUAACUUCUCUGAGAACACAUGGAGAGACGAGUACCUCUGCGUGAAUGCAACUGUGAAGAAUGGGGAGAGAAGGGUUCCCAAUGGAUGGACGUUCAAAGGGUCCGGAGCAGGGGCGGUGUGGCCUGUUGGCGACAUGGGGCAGACUGUGCCGUACUACUUUGCCAACAACGAGUUCACUCUUGUGGCGACGGUGUCCAUCCAUGAGGUGCCGCAAAGUGGCAGCAUUCCUUUGAUGGGUGUGAGGAUGAACGAUACAAAAGGCACGGUGCUCUUUGGUCUGUCGUACACCCAUGAAAAGGAGUGGUUGGCCAUAACGGAGGAUGCUGUUGAUCUGGAGGAUGUUGAUGAUGCGGAGGAUGUUGGUGAUAUUGUUAAAUGGGAGCCAAACAGGACGUAUCAGGUGGCACUGCGAAUGGAUUGUGACGAGUGGAGUGUCUUUGUGGAUCGAAAGGAAAUUAAAUACACGGAAUAUAAUCAACGUCUGUUUGACACGCACAGGAUUUCACACUUCUACAUCGGUGGGGACAGUAAGAACCAAAGUGCAACGGGCGGCCACGUGACGGUGACCAACGUCAUGCUGUACAAUGAGAGACUCUUAAGUGAUAAGCUGUAUGAACUCAACGCCAGCAAAGUCACUAUUCCAUCAUUGGGUGUUGAGGAACAGCCCACAGGGCAGGUGGCCAGCACAGAAGUCUCGGUUGCUUCCGAGUCAAGGAGUGAAGAAAGCACCACCACUGAGAAAUUGACUGGGGACGAUACUGAUAAACAAGAGGAAGGAAUCGUCCAUGGUAUGGUGCCUGCAGCGUCCUCUUCCACGGUUGUCGGAGGAUCAUCUGUUCCUGAACCCGCCAUUGCAACGGAGAUCGCAGGGAACUCUCGUCCAGAGGACAAUACCCAGCUUUCUGAAGACGAAACGUCUCAGCAAGCCACGCCGCAUGAAGGCAGUGAAUCGAUGCAACGGGAUUCAAAUGUGCAGCCACAAUACCCACAGUCAGAGGAGUCAACAGGGGUCGCUGACGUUGAAACAUCCCCUGAAAGUAAUGAUGCACCAGAGGAGGAUGGAGGAACGAAUGACAGGAGUGGCGAAUCAACGUCUCAAGUGGCUUCGUCGUUGAGUAUGGACACUGCCACCAGACCAGCUGACGGUGAGCACCAAGUACAACAAAUCGCUGAGCUUCCCGCUGAAAACGACGUGCGGUCCACUGGAACCGGAACCACCGGCGCGGAGCAAAGCCUCAGCCUCGAGGCGGGGGACAGAAGUUCCGAGAGAGCAAUGAACUCAUACAGCAGCCUCACUCCUUCAAAGAGGGACGCCGAAACUACAUCCGCGGAGAACGCCGACGACGUCUUUCGGACUGACGGAGCCGAAGUUUCUUCUGAAGAAGGCAAGGAGGCGCCACAGAAGGUCGACACCGCACCGGGUAACACAAACACCACGCCUGGGGAAACCGGGAUCCCAUCGGAGUCCAACGCAACAAUACCCUCGGACCAUGACAUUUUGCCUGAGAACGUGCACUUGGGCGAGUUGGCGGCCAUGUAUCUAGUUGGUGACAGCACCGUGCAUAGGUGUGUGUCUCGGGUGUUGUUGCUGCUGCUUCUGGGGCUGUGGGGCACUGCGGCUCUCCGUUGA